UCGAACAAUGUCGGUACUCGUGUACUGAUCACGACCACAUCUCAUUUUCUAAUUUCCAUAACCAGUCAUAAGAUUAAGGCGCAUGUACACGCGUGUUGUCAAUUAAAACAGAGAAAGGAACAUGUGCUUGUUAAUCUGAAUCCAAACUCCAAACAUUCAGGACACCAGUUAUUUGAGACAAGAAAAAACAGUGUGUACGUGUGGUACACGCAAGAAAUCUUAACAUGCAAGAAAUCUUUACCCAAAGUAACUUUUGUUUGUUGGUUUGAGGCAUACAACUUCUUCGCUUUGAAAAAAAUGUGGAACGAUGAAGAAGCCCGUCUUGCAAAGCCACAUGCAUUGUGCAAAAAGCUCAGCAUGUAAAGUUUUGGCGAAAUCGGAUCAAAUAGCGCGGGAAUACGAGGAAACCCAAGACUUUUCUAGAGUCAUCAGCUUCGUUUCUUGCGCUUUUCACUUUACCCGAAGUCACUCACCGAUCGUCAUUUUAAAUGCUCAUCUCGAACGGGAGUGAUUCACGAGUAUUAAAGGUGCUCGCUUCUAUAUAUUGCGCUCUCGGUCUCUCGUUGUUUGAAACUCUCAGUCAUACUUAUCAUCUUCGACGGGAGAGUAAGGAUUUUUUAUGGCUUCAGAGACUAGUCUCAGAAUGAGCAAAGGAUGGUUGGUCAUGGAUUCUAGAGAAGGUGCAGACGCUGGUUCUAGCAGGAGGAAAGACAAGCCCAGGGACCUUACUGAUAUUAUCUUCUCUUGGUCUCUUCGAGAAAUCUUCAAUAUCAAUCUCUACAGGGACAAGGUGGAGAGCAUCCCAGAGUCAUUUCAAUCGGUUGCGCAAUACCUUGCUUCUUAUAUCUUUCCUUUGCUGGAGGAAACACGAGCUGGUCUCUGUUCAAGUAUGCAGAAUGUAUCUAGGCUGCCUUUCGCCAAAGUCACUGGGUUUGUUAAAGGCGAGAAGAAUGCUUACCACGUCGAAGUGGAUUACUGGAGAAACAUGUCCACUUACCGUGGCAAGGAGCCUUACAAAACUUCCCCUGGAGAUGUUUUGAUGUUGACUAAUGCUAAGCCGCAUACCAUUCCCAGCUUAGAAAGGUUUGCAGGAAGAUGGGCAUUUGCAUCAGUCGGUGAGAUGGUAGAAGGUGGGGACGGGGAUGCUCGAACAUCAACAAAGUUCAAAGUCAAGGCAUUUUUUAACAAUGAAAUGAACGAUGUUCGUGCCUGCAAGUCAAUGUAUGCAGUUUUCCUUAUGAAUGCAGUCACUAACGAUAGGAUAUGGAAUGGGCUACACAGAUUGUCGAACUUGAAGAUUGUAAAGGAAGUUCUAUGUACAAAUUCAGUGGCUUUGAAAGAUUGCAAUCUCUGUAUUACUCGAAGUCAUGGCUCUGGACACGAGAGUCUUGAUAAGAACUUAUUUAGUAGUCUGAAUGAAUCUCAGACGAAAGCAGUUCUGGCUUGUCUCGAUAGCAUCGAGUGCCAACACAGGUCGGCUGUAGAAAUGAUACAGGGUCCUCCAGGGACAGGGAAGACCAAUACUGUCGCAGCGCUGCUCUUUACUCUCUUGAAAAAGAAACACAGAACCCUUGUUUGUGCUCCAACAAAUGUUGCCAUCAAGGAAUUGGCAUCUCGUGUUUUGCAGCUGGUGAAACAAUCGGUUUGCACAAACUCUCGUGGGGAAAGGUUGUUCUGUAACUUAGGAGACGUGCUAUGUUUCGGGAACAAGGAGCGGAUGAAAGUAGAUUCAGAUAUGGAGGAAAUAUACUUGGAUCAUCGCGUUGAUUGUAUUGCUCAGUGCUUUUCUGUACUCACUGGUUGGCAGCGUUGUCUAACUUCCAUGAUCGAUACUCUCAAUGACUGUGUCCGUGAAUACCACCUUUUACUGGAGAAUGAAGGCAAUAUUAUAUUGGAGCGUAAUGGUAACGAGGUUCGGAGCAAAUGUAGAAGCAGCAAAAAUGAAUCCAAACUUGAAUUUAAAUCAUUUCUGGAUUUUUUCAAGCUCAGAUUCAAGUCAAGUGCAGAGUCUCUCCGAAGAUGCUUCUCCAUCUUAUGCACCCAUAUAUCCAAAAGUUACCUUUUGGAGCAUAAUUUCCAGGAUAUUAAAUCCCUUCUCAUCUUACUCGAUUCUUUUCAAAUUCCACUAUAUAGAGAGAAGUUGGAUUCGAGAAAGUUGAAGGAGGCAUUUUCAUCGGACCCAUCUUCAUUCAAAAGUUGCACAGAUCCACUAUAUACAGCAUUAUCGUUGAAGAGACGUGAGUGCCUCUCUGUUUUGCAAACUCUCAAUACGUCUCUUGGAAAGCUAAACCUUCCAACAUUUACGUGUAAGGAAAAGAUAGCGGAGUUCUGUUAUCAAGCGGCUUCCUUGAUUUUCUGCACUGCUUCUAGCUCAUAUAAGCUGUACUCCCUGGAAAUGGAGCCUGUCAGUUUAGUGGUGAUCGAUGAGGCUGCGCAGCUGAAAGAAUGCGAGUCAAUGAUUCCGCUACAAAUUCGAGGUGUCAGGAACGCAAUUUUAGUUGGAGAUGAAUGUCAGUUGCCUGCUGUGGUUGAGAGCAAGCUUUCUAGCAAGGCUGGCUUUGGAAGGAGUCUCUUCGAAAGGUUGAGUUCUCUGGGUCAUCCUAGACACCUUCUCAAUGUCCAGUACAGAAUGCAUCCCGCAAUAAGUGCCUUUCCAAUAUCAACCUUUUACAAAAACCAAAUUCUGGAUGGGCCGAAUGUUACUGGCAAAAGUUACAGAAAAUGUCAUUUGCAGUGGCCAAUGUUUGGCCCGUACUCCUUCAUAGAUAUUCUUAAUGGAAGAGAAGAAGGUGGGGAUAAUGGACGUAGCCUUAGAAACUACGCUGAGGUAGGAGUUGUAUCGAAGAUUUUGAAGAAUCUAUACGAAGCAUGCAAAUCUUCAGGCGAAGAUUUAAGUGUUGGCGUGAUAUCUCCAUAUGGAGCUCAGGUUGCUGCAAUACAGCACGAAAUUGGAAAAAGUUAUGAAAAUAUCGAAGGCUUUACAGUGAAAGUGAGGACAGUGGAUGGGUUUCAAGGGGGUGAAGAGGAUGUCAUAAUAGUAUCGACCGUAAGAUCAAACCCUCGCGGUUCUAUCGGGUUCGUUUCUGAUCCUAAGAGAACCAAUGUCACUAUCACCAGGGCAAGAUACUCUCUUUGGAUAUUGGGAAACGAGAGAACGCUGACGAGAAGCAAAUCUGUGUGGGAAGCUUUGGUUCAUGAUGCCAAGAGCCGCGGGUGUUUCUUCAGCAUUGAUGAUGUUAACGCUAUUUUGGAUGGGAAGAAUAAACAGCUUGAUGAUCCAAUUGAUGGAAGUAGUGUACUAUUUAGAAAUGAGAGGUGGAGGGCAAACUGCCCUCAUGAUGCUAAGAGCCGAGAAUGUUCCUCCAGUAGUGAUGAAGUUAAAGCCAUUAUGGAUGGGAAGAAGGAGAAUAUUCGGCUCGAUGAUCCGCUCGAUGUCCUAUUUAGAAAUGCUCGGUGGAGGGUUUUCUUCGGCGAUAACUUUGUGAAGUCUUUCAGAAAGCUUACGUCACAUAAGACCAAGAUGUCAAUCUUGGACCUCUUAUCAAAACUUGCUGGUGGCUGGAGACCUGAGAAGAGCUAUGUGGGUUUACUCCCUACAAUCUGUUCUGAUAUGGUGAAGCAAUUCGAGGUUGAUGGUCUCUACGUGCUGUGCACUGUCGAUAUAGAUAUACUUAAGGAACCGAGAUACAUCCAAAUCCUGAAGAUUUGGGAUGUAUUGCCCUUAAGGGAUGCAGCGAGACUGGUUAAACGUCUCGACAGUGAGUUCAAAGCAUAUGCAGACGAUUUCAUUAGUCUGUGCAACGAGAAAUGUCUCGAGGGGGAUCAGAUAGUUCCAAAGACGUGGGAUUCUUCUCAUGGUAUUGCUCGUUUCCAUAGUCCGGAUCAAGUUCAAGCAGGGAGUGGUUUCGGGGCCGAUAUUUCGAAUCCGGGAACGAGCGAGAGCCUGCUUUCAAUGAGAUUCCACCCCUCAUCAUCAGGUGUGAUCAGGCACUUGUUUUCGGAGGACCACGAUGGCGAAGCGAAUCUUGCAUCUGAAGUAACCGAGCUAGAUCAAGAGAUGAAUUCCCGAUUCGGCGGGCUUCAUAUUUGAGCAAACCCAUGUUGUUCCCCUUCUUCACAGGCAGCUUCUUUUGACAGAAUCAGGGGAUAACACAAUUUCUUUACGAGGAAUGUUUCGUUCGGGGUCGGAAUUUCUGCGCCCGUGCCGGGUAUUUUCGAGAAGGCGUGGACCUUCUAAAUCAUCUAUCUUUUUCUAGUUUUAUGUCUGGAUAUAUUUGGUUGAAAUAAUGGCAUAGAAUUUUCGGUUCAGGUGUCAUAA